GCUGAAUAAUAGAGUGAAGAAAGUAGCAGGGAACUGGUGGCGGGUGCGGUUCUUAAUUGUGGGUUGCAGAGAUGAGCGGAGGAGGGGUGUCUGAUCUUCCAAAUAAGGAGGCGAGUGUGUUGAAAGGACACGAGGGCGCAGUAUUAGCGGCAAGAUUCAAUGCAGAUGGAAGUUAUUGCCUGAGCUGCGGCAAAGAUAGGACUAUUCGCCUCUGGAAUCCCCACCGUGGCAUCCUUAUCAAGACUUACAAAUCCCAUGGCCGCGAAGUCCGCGAUGUUCAUUGCACCCCGGAUAACUCCAAACUUACUUCCUGUGGUGGUGAUCGACAAGUCUUCUAUUGGGAUGUUGCAACUGGUCGAGUAAUUAGAAAAUUCCGUGGUCAUGAUAGUGAGGUCAAUGCAGUAAAGUUUAACGAGUAUUCCUCAGUGGUGGUAUCAGCAGGUUAUGAUCGUUCAGUGCGAUCAUGGGAUUGCAGGUCUCACAGCACUGAGCCAAUUCAGAUAAUUGACAGCUUUUUGGACAGUGUAAUGUCUGUUUGUUUGACAAAAACUGAAAUAAUUGCUGGAAGUGUUGAUGGAACUGUGAGAACUUUUGAUAUUCGGAUGGGUAGGGAAUUAUCUGAUGACUUGGGACAACCAGUUAACUGUAUAUCGCUUUCAAAUGAUGGUAACUGCGUAUUAGCCAGCUGCCUGGAUUCAACUUUACGUCUUAUGGAUAGAACUACAGGUGAACUAUUGCAGGAAUACAAAGGACAUACUUGCAAGUCCUUCAAAAUGGAUUGCUGCCUUACAAACUCUGAUGCCCAUGUGACGGGUGGGUCUGAAGAUGGCUUCAUUUUCUUCUGGGAUCUUGUCGAUGGAUCUAUAGUGUCUAGCUUCCGAGCUCACUCCUCAGUGGUAACGAGUGUAAGUUAUCACCCGAAGGACAACUGCAUGAUAACUGCCUCUGUUGAUGGCUCAGUUCGUGUUUGGAAAGCUUGAGAAAUAAACCUUAUUGUAAUCGCCUCAUGAUGAACAUCUUAAUAUAAUCCAAGUCUCUUAUUUUUGGAAGGGGUAUGAAGAAUGAGAGUAACCCUUACAAAGAAAUUGGGAAUUGGAAGAUUCUGGCUAUGACUGUUUGAUUCAAUAUUGGCUUUCUGCUUCUUGCAUUCUUAUUAGCCUUUGUAUUACACAUCUUAAGGCACAUGUUGUCUGCUAGCUCAGUAAUGAAACAACACAGGUAUACCCAUAUUUGGAAACUUCUACAAUGAUAUGUUAUUGUGUUGUUGUCAUAAGGUAACAGAUUCUUAUGUCUUGAAAAAAAGGGGAAAUCUACA